AUGUCCACCCGCCCAUCCAAGCCCAUCAACACCAAAACCAAUACUGUCAAGACGAGGCGGGACAAGCCGCCAUCUCCCGAGUCACCCUCUUCCAACGGCAUCGACACACCAACCAACAGCGAAGGAGACGACUACGCUUCUGCACCAUCGACCAAGGGAAGCUCAUUCGCUUCCCUGGGCAAGACACUCACCGCUUCCAUGAUCGAUUCCGCAGACCAUCCACUCCAAGGAGCUGCUGCCCUCACCGAGGUGUCUCUGGCCAACGCUCCUCCCAUCCUCGGCCAGGAGUCGCUGGCUCAUGGGCACAGAAACAGGGACUUUGGACCCAUCGGACCGAGACCAAAGCUGCCUUUGACUCCGCAGCUGACCCGAACUCGGGGUGACGAGAGCUUUGGCUGGUAUAAUAAUCCAUUUGCGACUCGCCCUGAUCUUGCAGGCCGUCGCGACGCCAUCGACUUUGGAACGCGAGGCACUGGUUUGGGUUCCAGCCAGCAGUUGCCUGUUGUCUUCAGUGCCUGGCGUCAGCCUCACACCCCGGCGAGGAACAGCCCAUGGCCACAGCGUUCAUUGUUUUCAUCCAGCAUCGGUUCUAGCAGCAGUCGCGGCCCGGCCAUAUUCAGCCCCGCCUCCAACCACAGCUCGCCGUCGACCCAUAGCCCGUUUGUCGACUCGCCUCCUUCGCCACUUGCUCGAUACGAAGAGAAACACCUGCGCGCGCAGGCGGUGCAGCCGUCUCCCUUGCAACAAGCACAGUGCCGUAUCUACGCCGGCUCUCCCUUUUCCAUCCGAGCAGACCUGCUCCGAAAUAACAACAAUAACAGCCCCGACAACAACGAGACCUUUCGUCCCAUGCACACGGUCCAGGUCAGGCACCACAGCGGCAGCCCGCGGCACGGGCAGCAGUCGCCAAGCAAGGCGAUCCAGAACAUCAUGAACGGCUUCAGCCCAAACUACCAGGGCGACACGUCGCUGGCCAACAACCGGUCGGCCAACAUUCCCGAGAGCGAGAGCUGCUCGCUCUUCAUCCUGGGCCUGCCGCCGACGCUGACGACGACGCAGCUGCUGGGCGCGAUCCGCGACACGGGCCGCGUGUGGGCGUCGCACAUCAACAAGCCCGAGCCGUCGCGCGGCCACGCGACGUGCGCGGCCAAGGUCAUCUUCUUUGAGCGCGCGGCCGCCCGGCGCUUCUACGAGGCCCACCAGCCCCACAACGGCGGCUUCGUCACGGACCCGGCGUCGGGCCUGCCGCCCGCCCGCGUGCUGUGGAACCGCAUCCGCUCCGCCGAGGUGGGGCCCCCGUCGACCGGCGCCAGCGGCGACAAGUCGCGCGUGCUGCUCAUCUACGGGCCCCAGCGGAAGAUCAGCGAGAAGUGGCUCACGGACUACUUUGCCGGCAAGAUGGACUUCCAGAUCGACCGCGCCUUCGAGCUGGCCCGCGAUGUCAACCCCGUCACCGGCGAGAUCAUGGUGCUGUUCGAGUACCGCUUCGGCAGCUUCCGGUGCCAGGCCGAGGCCGCCAAGAUGGCCCUCGCCCGCGAGCACAAGAACGAGAUCCAGGUCUGGUACGGCGACGACCCGUGCGCCCCCCGCCGCCCCGGCCCAGCGCCGGUCCAUCGCUGGCCAGCGGGGAGCUUGUGGCCGGCUGCCAGUCCAUACGUCUCCCGGCAGUUGAGGUUCGAUGGCUACAACUGCCAGUGA